ACAUUUUCUACCUUGGUAACACUUCCUGUCUGCAGGUUGUGAUGAAAGCGAGUGAGGACAGUAACGAUGAGGAUGACCUGACCGUCUCCGAGCAGCUGGAGAAUGCCAACAAAGACUUUGGGAAUGAGCGUGACGGCAUCGAGGUACACGGUGACAUCGCUGUGUCCCGUCUGCCCUCCCUGAGGAACGCCGACCCCUGCGUCCUGCGUGGUUGCAUGUGGCCUAAAGCCACCGACGGCAAGGUCUACAUUCCUUACGUCAUCGCUAACCACUACUCCUCUACGGAGCUGGAUGUCAUCAAGAGAGGCAUCAACUCUUUCUCCUACUCCACCUGCAUCCGCUUCUACCCCCGCAGGAGCGAGAGGGACUUCAUCCACAUCCAGUCUCUGGAGGGAUGCUACUCCUUCGUGGGUCGCCAGGGCAACAGCCAGACCGUGUCUCUGAGCCGUCGGGGCUGUAUUUACCACGGUACGGUGCAGCACGAGCUGCUCCACGCCCUGGGCUUCAACCACGAGCAGUGCCGCUCUGACAGGGACCAGAACAUCCGGGUCCUGCUGCAGAACAUCAUCAAAGGUCAGGAAUACAACUUCAACAAGAUCAACACUCUGAACCAGGGGACUCCGUACGACUACGGCUCAGUCAUGCACUACGGCAGGCUGGCCUUCUCUAAGGACAACUACAACCCCACCAUGGUGGCUGUCCCGAACUCCAACACCGUCUUUGGCACAGCCAGGCAGAUGAGCCAGAACGACAUCAACCGCAUCAACCUGCUGUACUGCAGUAACUAGUCCUCCUC